CCUCCUCUUUACUCCAUACAGGGUCAGAAGUAGCUAAAACAAAGCCUCAAAGUCAGCACCAGCAGCACCUCCAGCAUGCCUGAGUCCGAGGGGUCCUGCGAGGUCUGCAAGAAACCCGCCCGCCAGUUCUGUUCCUCCUGUCGUGGCGUAUUCUAUUGCAGCCGAGAGUGCCAGAAGCAGGACUGGAAGAACCACAAGGGGAGAUGCAAGCCCUACGUCGUCCAGAACCACCCCGUCUAUGGCAGACACAUGGUGGCCACGAGGGACAUCCGUGUGGGUGAGAUCAUUAUGCGCGAUGUGCCGCUGGUGGUGGGGCCCAAGCAGCGCUCCCCCCCAUUGUGCCUGGGCUGCCAUCGCCCCCCUGAUGGCUCCUACACCUGCCCCUCAUGCCACUACCCCCUCUGUGGCCCGGGCUGUAGGGGCUCGGUCAGGCAUAAGAGUGAGUGCUCAGUGCUGUCCAAGGCCAAGAGCAAGCUGUCAGUGGACCGUUUUGACGCGCCACACCCCGCCUACGAGUGCAUCACACCCCUGCGCUGCCUGCUGCUCAGAGACGCCAACACUGCCGAGCCACGCCGCUGGGAGGCACUCACACAGCUGCAGGAUCACAGGGAGGCGGUGCGGGCCAGCGAGAUGAACGGCAUCAUACAGCGAAACACAAUAGACUUCCUAAGGGGUUUCAUGCAGUACGAUGGGGCCAGUGAGGAGGAGAUCUUCCGCGUGUGUGGUGUCCUCCUAGUGAACAGCUUUGAGGUGCGGCACAACGGCAGCAAGGUGCGGGCACUGUACCCCCAGGCGUCCAUGCUGGCUCACGACUGCGUCCCCAACACCAAGCACGCCUUUGAUUCCGACCUGACCAUGAUUCUGCGCGCCACGGUGGUCAUUCGCAAGGGCACACCCAUCACCGCCACCUACACCAACACCUUCUGGAACACCAUGCAGCGGCGGAGACAUCUCAAGCUGAGCAAGUACUUCCUGUGCACGUGCCAGCGGUGUUCCGACCCCUCUGAGCUGGGCACCCACCUUGGCACGCUGCUGUGUGUGGAGUGUGGCGGCCACGUGCUGCCCACCUCGCCCCUGGACCUGGACUCCCCCUGGCUGUGUGUGAAGUGCAACCACUCCAUCCUGGCAAAGACGGUGUACUGGGGUGACAACAUCCUCCACAAGGAGCUCAAGGCCCUGGACCAGACACAGGCCAAGCCGUUUGAGGACUUCCUGGAGCACUACAAGAAGGCGCUGCACCCCGGCCACCGCUUCUUUGUGGAGGCCAAGUACGCACUGGUCAAGAUCUAUGGGAACUCACCGGAGCACAGAUACCGAGACAUGAGCCAGGAGGAGAUGGAGCACAAGGUGAAGUACUGCCGUGAGCUGCUGUCACUGGCGGAGGUGUUGGCGCCGGGCCAGUCCCUGCUGCGCGGCACCCUGCUGCUGGAGCUGCAGGCGGCAUUGGUGGCACUCGCCCGCCUCCUGCUGUCCAACGAUGCCAUCACUCAGGACGGGUCAAAGGACUACAUGACCGAGGCUGUGAAGCACCUCCAGGAAGCGUCGGAGAUCCUGAAGCACGAGCCGGAGAUGGAGAGCGGUGGCCUGGACAAGAAGCUUAAGACACUAUCCGAGGAGCUGGAUGUCUGACGGAUAGGACGGAUAGGCUUGGUGGAAGAGUGCACUAGCUGAUGGAAAGAUUGAAUGUAGGUAACUCUCUCUCUCUCUCUCUCUCUCUCUCUCAUUUCUUUUUCUGUUGCUCUUUUUUUUUUCUCUUGCUCUCUCUCCUUUCUUUUAUCUUUCAUUGUUUCUCUUCAUUUGUUCUCUCUCUCUCUCUCUCUCUCUCUCUCUCUCUCUCUCUAGUAGGACUGGCACUGCAAGAAUACAUUCACACACAUACAUACAUACAUGCAUCCAUACAUGCAUACAUGACAAAUAUACAUACAUUCAACUAGUCAUAUUUUACAUGUUUUCCAAGUGUGUGUAUGUGUGUCAAGUAGGUAUGCAUGAUGUAUAAGAAGAGACAUGGUAGGACAUAAAACUUUAGACAAAGGUUAGUGAGAUAUACUACACCUACAUCUACAACUACUACUUCUACUACUACUGCUACUACAGUGGCCUUGUGUCCAAUGCAGGAAUGUGAUCAAAGAUUGCUUCACUCAAAGAACUUACAGGAAAGAUUAAUUUGGGUGGAGAAUUUCUGAAAAUUACCUUACCCUAACCCGUGAACUUCCGUCCGGUCAUUACCGUCUAAACGUGCUCAGUGUCAGUGGUUGGUGCGGCCAAUACUGUCCAACUCUUGCGACCCCAUAUUUGAGUAAUUGGAAGGUUACUCCUGGGAGUGUCAGGGAUGGAUGCCAGUCAUCACAAAUAGGUUUUUGUAACCAAAGAUUCCCAGCAACAAUGAAUUUUGAGUGAAAAAAAUAAAUAUUAGCAACUACAAGGGUAUGAGAGGAGCUCACUAAUGCAGUCCCCAUCCUCUUUUGUUGGACAGGUUAAAUAUACAAUAAAAAUCCAUAAAGAUCCGUCCUUGGCGUGGGGGAAGGCAGACUGCUCCACCCAGGCUACACAGAUCCAGGUAAAAAAUGCAGUUCUGUGCACCACAUGGCCCGGCCCCGCUCACAUUACUGGCCGGCACCACACCACACAUCCGGCUGAGUGGCCCAAAGAUAUACUCUUGGCCAGUGCAGUGCAUGAUGAACAACUUUUCCAAGUGUUAAAGAAAUCUCACAUUUGUGCCAAUGAUCAGCCAGGAUUUGUUGUGCACUGGACCAUUUCAAAAGCAUUAGUACAGCAAUUUUUUAAAUAAUUAAAGAAAAUGCCACAAUAGAUAUGAAACGCACCGGACAAACAUGGAUGCGAGGCCACUGUACUACUACUGCCACCACCACCACCACUACUUCUACUACCAUUAUUAGUAGUAACAAGAGUAAUCAUUGUAUUUAGUGUAUAUAUAUAAAAAGAAUGCAUUAUUACACAAUGUAAACUAGACUUGAGUGAAUGACCAUCUGCCCAAACCUUGCAAGUCUAGUAAAUGUUCACCGUUUGUUCAGUUGGUCCAGGAAUAAAUGAAAAAAAGAAGUCUUGUUAUCCUUCAUUCUCAAACUUAUUAUUAAACCAGUAAACUAUGAAUAUAUGAUAAACUCUUCUCAUUAGAGCUCUAAACUAUGAAUAACAUGAUAAACUCUUGCUAAUACCUAUUUUUAAACAAUGACAAAAAAACUUAAACUAUCAUAAUACAAACACCAAACCCAACAACCCAUUUAAACAGAAAGAAUUUGCAUGACACUACAACUAGGAUACCCGAGCUUAACAUGUCUGGCAGAGCAGUGUGUGGCUAGUGCAAACAGUGAGGUACCUAUAGCAAAAGGAGAGUAUCAAGCCCAGCGGUACCAAAUUACAUCGCAUUGCAUUUUCAUAGUUUCUGACAUUAAACUAUUGCAAAGAUGAAAAAACAAUUGCUAUAUAAAAGUUUCAGUGAUAACAUUAAUUUUCGAUCAUUAUUUGUGUAGGUAUGAGAGUUUUGGGCCUGAAAAUGAUAAAAUAUAAUGUGACAAUAUGACAAUUUGGCAACGCUGAUUAAGACGCCUCCCCAAGUGACUGGCCGUGCUACUUCUGAAUCUAUCCUCUGAACCUAAUAGACCUCUCUUUUGGCCUCUUGCUCUGUAUUUCUUUUGUUGGAGCAGCACUUGGCGGGAUUUUUUGUUGCUACUUUGUUUUAGCGCCCUUAAGCUGUCUCCCUUGCUGUAAGAAAAAAAGUGAGAGCAACACCAUUCCAGACUUUUUAUUUCAUGAUUUACUUUUUUCACUCUUUAACCCGGUAGUAGCGGGGAUCGUGUUUCUUAAUGGUCCCUCCAAGCGAGAAAAAUGAGGAAAAAUCACCCCUCACACAAACCAUUUCAUAAUAUAUAUCAAAGCAUUUGUGAUCAGAUUAUGUAUCAUCUAUUUUGGGGGGUUUAUAUCAUGACACAAAUUUGGCCCGUCGCUGCUACCGGGUUAAGCUGUUUCAUCUUCUAUUAUAAAAGAGUGGAACAGCCUAGGGUCUGCCUAUGAGAGGAGGCAAGUUAUCUGUGGGGGUCCUCAGUGCUCAUUCAGAAUAAUCACAUGUUACU